AUGAUUUAAGCAUGCUUCGCAAUAAUUCUUUAUAUGAAUUGUAUAAUCAAAGUUUUUGGAGUUAGAGAAGUGGUAUCGACUUCAUUUUAAGAAAUUACUUUUUCUGAUGCGGAUAAUUGGGUUGUAAAUGGAGCCUAGCCAAAGCUCACUAAAUGUUCAGGCUAUACAUUAUUUGGAGGUUAUAGUGUUUUUGGACCAAAUACUGUAGUUGCAAAGACUUUUGCACUUCCACCUCAUUAUAUGAUAACUUUGCAAUUUGGAUUUUAUAGAAUUGAUUCAUGGGAUAAUUAGAAUUUUACGAUUGUUAUGGAUGGGCAUCCAGUAAGGUAAAUCAUGGCUGCAAAUGAUGGAUCUUUUUAUUGUGGGAAUCAAGCAAUGGCCGACAGGUUCUAUCGUUUUAAUAUAGAUUUUUAUCAUACAAGUCCUUCAGUUGUAAUUUAGUUUAAAAGUAAUUUAACAAGAACAGCUUAUUAUAAUUCUUGGGGAAUUAGAGAAAUCAUUUUAUUUGUUGAGAAAUGUCCUGAAAGAUGCAUUUUUUGUGAUAUCUUCAAAAAUGGUGUUUCAUGUUUAGCUUUAUCUGUAUUUUAUAAAAGUUGGACUUAACUAAAUGCAACAGAGAUAUCAUCUGAUGGUUGGAAUGUAUAUCUAGGAAUUGCUGAAUCAACAUCCUGUGGAUCUGUUGCUUUAUUUGGUGGCUAUAAAAAGAUAGGAGCCAAUACAGUCCUCAAACAGUCUUUUUAUAACAUUCCAAACCAUAACGAAUUGUGGAUUGAAUUUUUUUUCGCUAAAAUUGGUUUGUGGGAGAAUAUAUAUUUAUAUCUUAUAGUAGAUGGUGUGCUUCGUUCAAAAUUGCACUCUUGGGAGGAUGGCGGCAAUGGGUUUAUUUGUGAAGAUUCACCAUAAAGUCAAAAAACAUGGUUUUAUAGAGUUCGUUAUUAUAUCAGUCAUACGAGUAGUUAAUUAGAUAUUUCCAUUUAUAUCAAAAACAAUAUAAGUGGCAUAAUUGAGGAUGAUUCAAUUGGCAUCAGGGACUUUUUAAUUUAUUAUAAUGAUUGCCCUGAAGGAACUUAUAGGAAUGGGACCUAUUGUUAUUCUUGCAAUAAAUCAUGUUUUAAAUGUGAUGGUCCAAAUUUAGAUGACUGUACUGAUUGUGGAGACCCAAUAAGAUAUUAAAAAUAAUUAGUGGCUGGCUAAUGCACAUGCUUAGCAAGAAUGGUUGAAUAUGAUAACAUAGAUGGGACUACUUCAUGUUAAACUUGCCACCCUAAAUGUCAGAGGUGUUUUAUGUAUUUUGAUAAUACAGUUAAUCAAUAUUGCACAAUGUGUAUAGCAGGAUAGAAUAGAGUUGUUUCUUCUCAAUAUAUGUGCGUUUGUGGAACAGGUUAUGGUGAGGAUGGCAUUUCUGAAGUUUGCUUUAAAUGCUAUUAUACAUGUCUACAUUGUAAUGGUCUCUUAGCAAAUAAUUGUACAACUUGCUCAUCCUAAUCUAAUCGUAUUUUGACUUCUGAUAGUCAGUGUUUAUGCAACUAAGGAUAUUUUGAUACUGGAAUAAACGAAAUCAUCUGUGAAAAAAAUUGCCAUAAUACUUGCUCUAGUUGUGCUUCACCUAGCGCAGAUUAAUGUACAAGUUGUCCAGUUACAAGAAAACCUGAUAGAAUAGGAACAACUUUUGGAUGCUUGUGCAAUGAUUCUCAUAAAUAUAGUGAUGAUACACAAUCAGAAUGCUAGGAAUGUCAUUUCACUUGCAAAACUUGUUAUGGGGCUGAAUAUAAUAACUGUUUAACAUGUGAUGAAAAUGCUUUUCGAAAUUUCUCAAUGAGAAAAUGUAUUUGUUCUGGUGGAUAUUAUGGGGAAAACUAAUUACAAUGUCUCCCUUGUCAUUAUACAUGCUUGACCUGCUUUGGUCCAGCUGAAAAUAAUUGUUUAACAUGUGCGGAUAGUAACAAUAGAGUAUUGAAAACUAAUUUGUGUUUAUGUCGAGAUAUUACAUAUAUGUAAAAAUAGAUUGGUGACGCUAUGUGUUACAAAUGCUCAUAUCGUUGUUCCAGUUGCAGUAAUGAAAUAGAAAAUUGUACAGCUUGUCCACCCUAAUCUUAUAGGGAUCUAGGAGUAGAUAAUUCAUGCUCUUGCCUCGCUAAGAUGUAUGACCAACCUAAUAAUCCAAUUUGCAUUCCCUGUCAUUACACUUGCUUAACAUGUAAUGGACCUCAAUCAAAUUAAUGCACAGCCUGUUAUGCUGAAAUUAUGAGAGUAUCAAAUCAGUCAGGGUCUUGCUUAUGUAUGGAUAAAUACUAUGAAGCUGGUAAACCUGAUUGCUUACCAUGCAGUGCCAAUUGUUUGACUUGUGUGAACUCUGCGGAUAAUUGUAUAUCUUGUAAAUCAGAUAGAUAUUUAUAGGGGAAUACUUGUAUUUGCCAGAAUAAGAUAACUGGCGCCCUUAUAAGUAAGUAUGAAGUUAAAGGAAAAACCGAUUGUUGUCAUUAUUCUUGCUUAGAAUGUUAUGGAUCAGAAUUUAAUCAAUGUACUAAAUGUUUGGAUCGUGAAAGUAGAAUUUUAUCUAAUUCUACUUGUGUUUGUGCUGGACACUAUUUUGAUAUUGGGCAACCAAAAUGUAAAUAAUGCCAAUAUACUUGUGAAACUUGUGGUAUGUCUACCACUUGUUUAACAUGUGCUCCAAACACUUUUAGAACUUUAUCAAUUUCACGAUGUAUUUGUUAAUAAGGAUAUUUUGAUGAUGGAUCAAAUCCUAUAUGCUAAAAAUGUCACUAUUCUUGUUCUUAUUGCUCAUCCAUUUCUACAAAAUGUGAUACAUGUUCGUCGACAUCCAAUAGAGUAAUAAAUCCAUCAAUAUUUACUUGUGAUUGCGUUGAAUCUUAUUAUGAUAAUGGAGUUGAAACUUGCUCAAAAUGUCAUUAUUCUUGCUUAGCUUGUAAUUAAUUUGGAAAUUAAUUUUGUCAUUCUUGUAAAGAAAAGUCAAUUUCUUUUAGAGUUUUUAAUUAAGGAUUCUGCUAAUGUUUACCUGGAUAUUUUGAUGAUGGAGUCUCUCCUGUUUGUCAGAAAUGCUUGAUUUCCUGUUUGACUUGUUUAAACACUGCAACUUAUUGUACAUCCUGUGAAUCAACAAGAAAUUUCGAAGGAAAUAGUUGUAUAUGUAAAGAAGGUUAUUUUGAAAAAAAUCAAAUUUCAUGUGGUAAGUGUGAUCAAAAUUGUUUAAAUUGCUCAAUUAAAUCUAAUAUGUGUACUAAAUGUGAUUAAUCAUUAAUGAGAAUUCUAAAUAAUGUAACUCAAACUUGUGUUUGCAAGACUGGAACAACUGAAAUAAAUGGAUAAUGCCAAUAUUGUGAUAUUACUUGCGAUACAUGUUCAAAUUUAAUCACUAAUUGUACUUCUUGCAAAUCUUUGAGAUUUUUAUCUAGCAAUAAAUGCAACUGCAUAGAUGGUACAUAUGAGAGUAGCAGUGAUAAAUAGUGUCUAUAUUGCAAUAAAACUUGCAAAACAUGUAUUAAAAAAGAAAACUAUUGUACAUCGUGUUCAGAUGAUCUUUAUAGGAUAUUUUCUUCAGGGAAUAUUUGUGUAUGCAAAAAUGGAUAUUAUGAAGACUCAGUUUCUUUAGAUUGUAAACCUUGCGAUUCGUCUUGUUUAACUUGUAAUACAUAACCUACUUAUUGCCUAACUUGUAAUGCUAAGUACAACCUCAGUCUGAAUGUCUAUAAUAAAUGCGUUUGUUCUACAGGUUUAUAUUUUAACUCUUUAAGUUUAAAAUGUGAAGCUUGUAAUAUAAAGUGUUUGGAGUGUAAGUAAUAGUAAGAAUGCAUAGAGUGCGAACAAUUUACUCGAUAUUUUGACCCAGACAAACUAGAGUGUCCAUGCAAAGACGGAUAUUAUGAGGUUAAUGCAAAGACUUGUUAAUUAUGUGAUUAUGGAUGUAAGACUUGCUAAACUUCAGCUACAAAAUGCUUAUCAUGCGAAGCUCUUUAUUAUAGAUUUUUAAACUUUAAUAAAUGUAUUUGUUUGGAUGGUUAUUAUGAUAUUGGGAUUGAGAUGUGUUAACAAUGUGAUACAAUUUGUUUAACUUGUUAGAAGUCUUCAACCUAAUGUACUUCUUGUAACUAAACCCAACACUUUAGAUCAUUGAGUCUAAAUCAAUGUAUUUGCUAAAGUGGAUAUUAUGAUAUUGGUUAAUUGGUUUGCCAAAAGUGCUCCAACUAAUGUCUCACUUGUACAGGGUAGAAGGAUUUUUGUACAAGUUGCGAUAUUUUAUAAUAAAGAAUUGAUCAAUCUAUUAUAAAUAAAUGCCCUUGUUUAAAAGGUUUUUAUUAAGAUGUAAAUGACUAAUGUUAAAAAUGUCAUUAUAAAUGUUAAACAUGUGUUUAAUAGAAUGAUAACUGCUUAAUUUGUACUUAUUCAAAAACCUCAAAUAGACUAAAUAUCUCUAACAAUUGUAUUUGCAAGGAUGGGUACUAUGAUAAUAACUUGUAAUUGGAUUGCUAAAAAUGCAGUCCACAAUGUAAAUUGUGUUAAAACUCUUCAAAUAAUUGUCUAACUUGCUAUGGUGAUCUGAGAUAAGAACCUCCUACUUGUAACUGUAAACAUGGUUUUUUUGAGACUAUCCUUGGGUUUUGUGAACCUUGUGAAAAUUAAUGUUAUAAUUGUGAUAAAAGUCCUUCUAAUUGUUUAUCAUGCAAAGAAGGGAGAGUCACUCAACUUUGUAUAUGUUAAGAGGGGUAUUAUGAAAUCGGAUAGCCUCAAUGUGAUUAAUGUUCGUUUUAAUGCUAAACAUGCAAGAAUUCCGCCAUAAAUUGUUUAAGUUGUAAAGGAGAUCGUAUCAACAUGCCUAUUUGUUCAUGUCCUGAUGGUUUUUAUGAUGAUUACUUGAAUUAUUCUUGUUAGGUUUGUAAUUGGUUAUGCUAAACAUGUAACUUAAACGGCUGCCUAAUAUGUAAGGCAAAUAGGAUCUUAUCUCCUGAAAUGACUUGUGAUUAACCACUAGAUUCUGUGAGUUACCCUGAUACUCCAUGGUGUUCAACUUGUUAAGUUGCUGUACUCAAUAUUAGGUUCUCCGAUGAUUUGCUGUCUAUAUAAGUUAAAUUCGACUUCCCCUUAAAUCCAAGUUUUUUCAUUAAUCAAUUCUAAGAAAAUAUUUGUUCAAGAAUAUUAAAGGAUCAAACAUAUUAAUUACUUGGUAAGAAUCCUAAUUGUUAUAUUGAUUCUAAUGAUGAUACAAUAAUAAUGUUAGGGGUAGGAAAAGAUCCUAAGAUUCUUCUAGGAGAUCUGAUCUUAUUCUAAGAAAACUAAAUUGGUCAUCAAGGUUGCGAUUCACUAUUAAUUUAUUUUAUCUUUAAUGAAAUUAAAAGCCCCUUAAACCCAGUAUCUCCAAUUCUAAUUUACGAUGAACCUACUUAGUUAAUAAAUCCUUGUGAUGAUAAUAUAAUACCCUUGAAAUCAAUAUUAAAUGAUGGACUUAGAAGUUUGAUUGAAAUAAAAUGGACCUAUUUUGUAAUUGGGUCAAAUGGCAAAGGUAAUAUUGACAACUUUAUUGCUUCAUAAACAAAAUACUAGAUUUUAGAAUUAGUUAUCCCAAUCUAAACUCUACCAAAGUAGUCCAAUAUUACCUUUGAGAUAGAAUUUAAAAAUUUUGUUGCAGAAUUUGGUGUAAAAUCAAUUCGAUUUUAAACUCAUUCUGGUCUUUUCCCCACUAUCCUUUGGGUUUCCAAACCUAUCUAUUAUACUUUUGAACCUAUUGCUAUUGAAUUUAAAAUAAAAAAAAAGGUUUGCUUGGACACUGAUGCUACUUAAGUUGAUAAAUCUUAAUACUCUUUAUCCUUAAUUGAAGUGCAUAAGAACGAUUCUAAUUCCAGGUCAUCAAGAGUGAAUUAUUCAGAAAUCACAAGUUAAAACAGUUUUAUUGUUACCAUUGAAAAAUAUAUUUUGACUCCAAUGGUUGCAUAUACUUUUGAAUAAACAACAAACGAUUUAAUACUUAACUUUUCAACUAAAAAAAAUAUUACACUUGAAAUUAGCUCUGGAGGUAUUAUGUGUCAAUUUAAUGGCACCAAAAAGAUUUAGAAUUUUAGAAAAGAUACUUAAAUAUUCAUAUCUUGUAAAGACUUAGAUACUUAAUAUGACUGGAAUUAGGAUCCUAAUAUUGAAAUUGAUAUCAAUUGUGUUGACUUUAAUAGGAAUUCCCUCUGUGUGGAUUUAUAAAACAAAAUAAUCCAUAUCAAUAAAACUGAUCCUUUCCAAGUCAUUCCAAAAUACACAAUAUCUCCUUACACUAUUUAAUGUUGGACAGUAGUAGCUAAAAAACUAUCACGCUCAUUUAAAUUUUAAGUUAAAAUUGUCUAUAUAGAUCAAAAUUUUGAAUUAUUGAAUGUCACUUAUAGUUAAGGGUAUUUAAAGAGACCAGUCAAUAACUAUGAAAAUUUGGAGUUCACCAUUAAUAUUCCUUUUCAAGAUAGGUAGUAUCUUCUUGAAUAUCAAGUGGCUAUCAUUUAUAAUUUUGAACUCAUAAGGAUUUUACAAUCUGAAUACUUUUAAUUCUAAUUUAAUAUAUUUGAUUAAUUUUAGAAAUUUUCAGAAGGAAAUACAAUUAAUUUGAAAUUUUUGGCUUAGUUUACUAAUGAGAUCAUACCUUGCCAAGAGGAUUUAUAAUUAACGGUUAAUUUACCUCCUUCAUGCACGGUGAGUUUGAGUGAAUAAAUAGUUCAAGCAUUAAAACCGUAAAAGAUUAUAUCAAAUUGCCUUUUUUCAAAUGCAGCUCCUUUUACCUACUAAUUGAGAUAUUUUCUUCAUAAUUAAGAUUUAAUUGAUUUUUUGAGUAGAAAAAAUGAUUAUUCAUUAAUUUUGAGUCCUUAUUCAAGCUCAAAUAUUAUGGAAGGCUCUUUUCCAUUUUCUGAUGGCUUUCUUCUGAUAUAAGCAAUGGAUUCCAAAGGAUCAUACUCAAAUAUUUAAAGAUAGUUAAAUAUAACUUAGAUUGUGCUUAAUUGUUCCUAGAUAAAUAUUUAGCAAUAUCCUUUAAGAUAUUAAAUUUCAUUAUUAUUAGAAGUUAUAUUGAACCAUCAAGAUUAAUAAAAUUGUAUUGAUUUUUCCUAAUAGUUGUAUUCAUAUAUCAAAGCCUUUUUAAAUGCUGAGGAUGAUGAUGAUUAAUUCUUAGUUUAUCAGACCGUGAAAGUGUAUAAAAGAAUAAUUAGAAAUCGUAAUAAUUUGAACACUUCAAAGAGAUUAUUAGAAGAUAAAUAAGAGAGUUGCUUUUAGAAUUCUUCAAAAUCAUUUUAUGUCUAAAGUACACUGUUUAAUAAUUCAUCAUUUCUAAAUGCAUCUAGUUUGCAAGCAGAUUUACAAUAUAUUAUGGAUACUGUUUAGAAAAUGAUAAAAAAGUUAACUGACAUUAAAGAUUAAAUUAACAAAAAUGAUUUGUUCUUGAAUGAAAAACUGUAUUAGAGCAAAGUAGCCACUUUGGAGUCUUUAUUAAUUGCUUAGCUUUUAAUAGAUGAUAUUUAUCUUAAGAUUCCUAUGGCCAACAUUAAUUCUACUUUAGAUAAAGAAAAGAUUUUUUAAAUAGCAGAGGGAUUAAUAGGUCUUUUUGAAGUGAUUUCAAUGCAUGUUAACGAUUACGCAAAGGUAAAUGGCCCUCCUUUAAUUAACGAUGGGGAAAUCAUAAAAUGGAAAUUAUCCAAAAUUACUAAGGUAUAAUUUAAUAAACAAUUUAACAUUGAAAGAGAUUAAUUAGAUGAAUUGAUUGAAUUCGUUCAAAAAGAACAAAUAGAAUUAAAUUACAAUUAUUUAAAUCUAUCUCAACAAUUAUAAACAUAAUUGUAAGACUUCUAUAAUGUUACCACUAUAAAAAUAUAUGAGAAGAAAUAAUAGAGAGUUUAUCUAUAGAAUCAUCUUUAUAAUAAUCGUUCUCUACAUUAUUAGGAUCCACUUACAACAUACAUAAUCGAUAUGAUUUAAAUUCCUUACUGCUAAGAAUAGGUUCCUUUAGAAAAACUCUAUACAUAUGAGUGUGUUAAUAUCAAUCUGAAAGGAUAAUUAUUUAAAUGUGAUUUUAUAACAGAGGAGAUUGAUAAUAAAACUAUGGUAAUAUCUUGCAGAUGUCAAAAACUAGGAAGUAUCUUUUUAAUUUAAUACCACAACAACUCAGCUCUAUUAUAAAAUGACACUUUUAAUCCUUAGGAAAAUAGAAUUGACAAUUCAAAUGAAAAACUAGAUUAGUAACCAAUUUUAUUAUUUCAUGGCAUUUUCAUCGUUUUUUCUUACCUCAUCUAUUAUGAAUUACUUUAAAUUGAAAUGAGAUCUAAAUAAUUACAGAUAGAAUCCAGAUUAGAAACAGAAAAUAGUGUAGAUCCAGCUUUUUUCUACGUAAAAACUCAGUAAAUCAUCUUUUAUCCAGGAAAUUUUGCUUUAUUCAAAAAAUACUUCAAAUUUAUUCAUGAAGUAUUAUCCUGCUUUUAUAUGGAUGAUCCUAUACUUCCAAAAAGUUAUCGGUUUUUGUAGCUAUCAAUCAAAAUAAGUAUUUUCAUCCUAUUUUCAUUUUUGUAACUCACUCUGAUUGAUAUAUUUCCAAUAUCCAUAAUAUCAUUUGCCAAUUGCGGAAUUUACUUACUUAUUAGAAUGAUUCUAAAAAUAUUUUAGUCGAUUUACAGAUUUGGUGGGAAAUGUAGUAAUUCUGUUAUCAUCUUUUAUCUACUAAUACAUUUCUUAUGUUAUCUAGGGCUUGUUCUAUAAUUGAAGCAAUGGUAAAUAUGA